CCAGCACGGCAACCCAACACAACGCAAGACGACCCUACCACCACAUCCUCAACAGCUGCUUGUCUCUCUUUGUAGUCCCAUCGUCUUCCGAUCCCACACGACGUGCUCCUCCUACUCGUACAUGCCAUCGAGCCUCCUGCGGCGCUCCUGCCACCACCUACAGCUGCUCAUCGGACCACAGAUCGAGCUACCGAUACAGCUAGCGGCAAUACAAUGGAGGUGCACUCGGUGCCGGCGGUGGGGAAGAGGAUGUGGAGCUACCUGCACGCGCUGUUCUUCAUGGUGCGCAAGGGCCUGCUCUCCAACAAGCGCAAGCUCCUCCUCGGCAUGCACCUCCUCAUGAAGCGCCGCAACAGGGCCGUAUCCCGCACCGUCGCCGCACUCCUCUCCCACCACAACGGCCACGGGCACGGGCACGGCAGCGGCAGCAACGCGCUGCGCCGCCGCGAGUACGAGUUCUCCUGCAGCAACAGCCCGGACCCGGCCUCCGCCAGCAGGCGCCACCACCUCGCCUACUUCCCCUGCCUCGGCGCCGUCGCCGAGGACGACGAUCGUCGCUACGGCGGCUUCCCCCUCGCCGACGCCGACGCAUCGCCCGCGCCACUCGCCAGGAUCGAGUACUACGCGGCCGCAUCGCCAGCGCCGUCGUCGCCGGGGCUCCUGCUGCGGGAGCUCGCGCCGGGGGAGCUGGAGGAGUCAUGCUGCGCGUCGCCCGCGCUGCAGCUGGGCGGCGCCAGCGGCAGCGGGGCAUUCUCGGUGCGGGUGUCCAACUACUCGUCCGAUGACGAAGGUGCUGCCACCGGCGGGAGCGAGGCCGUGGACGACGAGGCGGAGGAGUUCAUCCGCCGCUUCUACGAGCAGCUCCGCCGCCAGAACACCGUCGCGCUGCUCCCCUACAUGCAGGAGUCCGCCGCCUGAUCAUCAAGUUGUAUGGUCGUGUGAUCGAUCGAUCGAGUUGAUCUUGAUGAUCAUCAACAACAUCCACCACGGGCUCGCCCGCGGCACGGAUCGAAGAACUUUGGAUGGGUGGCUUGCUUGGCGAGCAUGCAAGGAAUGGAUGAUGUACAGCGGCGCAAUGCAUGUGUACAUAUACUGUUUACUUUUAGUAGUACGUGCCUAUGUUUUGCAUGUGUGUGUAUGUACGUAUUGUAAUGUGAUGAAGGAACGAAGAUGUUGAGUCCCCAUGGUUUUGGUUGCUGGGACAACGACUACAGAUACAAUGCAAGCUGCGCAUCCUUUUUUUCCCCCUCCAUCUUUGUUCUUUACGUAUGUUCGUUCCUUGUAACAAUAUGGUAUGUAGAUAAGGAAUAAAGUAUGUUUAGUAUACGGUGGUUUUGCCACUUUCA